AUGCGGCGGACCCGGCCCGAACCCACGGAUCGAUCGCACUCGGAAGGAAUGCCGGCGCCGGCGCAGGCUCCGUCCGCCGCCGGUGGCGCCGGCGGCGCGGCGUGGCGCCACCUGCUCCUCCUCCUCACCGCCCUCCCGCUCGCGCUCGCCCUCCUCGCGUUCGCGCUCCAGUGGCGCGGCGGCGGCGUGGACGACGCCGGCUCCCGCUGGCCGGCCCGCCUGGCCGUGCCGGCCCCGUCGAGGCUGCAGGCCCUCCACUCCUCCGCCGCGUCCUGCGUGGAGGUGCUCGCCGCCUCCGCCGGCCCCGCCUUCCCCUACCUCCGCGGCUGGUCCUUCCACUUCGACGCGCCGGACACCCACCACCCCAAGGUGUGCGUGCAGACGAGCACCUCCGCCGGCCUGGACCAGAUCCUGCCGUGGCUCUACUACCACAAGGUCGUCGGCGUCGCGCACUUCCUGCUCUUCGUUGAAGGCAAGGCCGCCAAGCCCAGCGUCGCCGGCGUCCUCGAGUCCAUCCCUGGGGUGAAGGUGGUGUACAGGACCAAGGAGCUUGAGGAGCAGCAGGCCCGGAGCCGCAUCUGGGAUGAAACCUGGCUAUCAGGAUUCUUCUACAAACCUUGCAACUACGAACUGUUUGUGAAGCAAUCACUCAACAUGGAGAUGGCUAUUGUAAUGGCCAGGGAAUCUGGCAUGGAUUGGAUAAUGCAUCUAGACACCGAUGAGUUGCUGUAUCCCGGUGGAGCUUCCGAGUAUUCCAUCAGACGCCUGUUAGCUGACGUCCCCGAGGAUGUUGACAUGGUUAUCUUCCCUAACUAUGAAAGCAGUGUCGAGCGUGAUGACAUAAAAGACCCAUUCAGCGAGGUGUCUAUGUUCAAGAAGAAUUAUGAUCAUCUCCCCAAAGAUACUUACUUUGGCAUGUAUAAGGAAGCAACAAGAGGCAAUCCUAACUAUUUCAUUACUUAUGGGAAUGGAAAAUCUGCUGCGCGAAUUCAAGAUCAUCUCCGGCCAAAUGGUGCACACAGAUGGCAUAACUACGCAAAGAGCCCAAAUGAGAUCAAGCUGGAAGAGGCUGCAGUUCUGCACUAUACAUACACCAAAUUUUCAGACUUAACAUCCAGACGUGAUCGCUGUGGAUGCAAGCCCACGAAGGAAGAUGUUAAAAGAUGUUUCAUGUUGGAUUUUGACAGAGCAGCUUUUAUAAUUGCAUCAACAGCUAGUGAAGAGGAUAUGCUUCGCUGGUACAACGAGCGCGUCGUGUGGAACGAUAAGCAGCUCAACCUAAAGCUUCUGAGAAAAGGAGUAUUAACCCGCAUCUAUGCCCCAAUGGCGAUCGUGCAAGGCCUGCGGGAGUCUGGCGUCUUCACCUCCGUCAUCAGAGCGGCCGUCGACAAUGCUAAAGUUCGACUGAAGGAAAGCGUUGACCGAAACAGCACUGAUCCUGACCAUGAAGAUGAACCUAGGGCAUUCGUCGCAGCUAACGCUAGGAAGAUCCUGAACGUCGUCGAGCCUGCCCCAGCCUACAGGGACGGCGGCGCGUCUGCCGCUGUUCCCCCUAUGUCGCCCCCGGGUUUGGAUGAGGCGCGAGGGGAGGGGCUGGCUGGCUGCUGA